AUGGUCGUCCCGUUGGCUUUCAAUUUCAAUACGCCGGGAACUACCAUUCUAAGCUACACCCCGAAUGGCCGACAAGUAAUCACAGCGGGUUCCAACUCUGCAAUUCGAAUAUUCACAAUUGGAGAAAAAGAUGAACCAAAAACUGUGGAUGAUGGUGUGGACGGGCACUUGGGAAUUGUUGCCACCAACGACUCAUUCAUCAUGGGCGCUGAAGACGGCACGGUAUGGAAAUAUGAAUUGGAAACGGGCCAAAUGGAUAAAUUGCUGGUCCGUUGCGCAUUGCCCGUGCGAGAUCUAUCUCUAUCAAAGGAUGGCGAUUGGGUCGCCGUUGCCAGCGAUGAACUCGUCGUCAAGAUUGUCAAUAUUCACGACAUGACAAUUGUGAAAUAUUUACGGGAUCAAAGCAAAGGCGUAAAGCAUGUGAACUUCGACCCGAGUGGACGUUAUAUUGCGGUAUCUGGUUCCGAUGGGAUAAUUUAUAUAUAUUCCGUCGACGGGCCACAGCCAGAGCUUGUGAAGAAAAUCGAUGGCAUUAUUGGCAGAUUGGAAACAGACCAUGAAGCGACAUCACGGGCUGUAUGGCAUCCCGAUGCAAGAGCAUUUGCUGCCGUCGAGCCGACUAGAGAUAUUGCAAUAGUUUCGACUAGAGAUUGGAUGAAACAAAACGUGUUCCCUGCUGGCCAUAAUGCAGAUAUUACUGCCCUUGCGUGGUCUCCAAAUGGCGCUCUAUUGGCAAGUGCUGGGGCAGAUCGACAAAUUUUGCUUUGGGAGACGAAGACUCAAAACAUUCUGCGGCGAUAUGACAUACCAAACGUGAUAAAUCUUGCGUGGCAUCCUGUAGACAACACCCUCUCUUUCACAACAUCCGACGGAGAGCUAUUCAUUUAUGAAGAUUUUGUUCCCGCAGAAUACAGAUCACUCCUCGAAAAACCAUUGGAAAGCGCACCCUUACUCUCUGGAGGGCCUGAGGAGCAUAGGAGUAUCCCCAGCAGGCCGUUGACGAAUGGCGUGCGAACUACUUUAGAAAGUCGGCCCAGAGAUGGCUCCCCAGAUUCCCUGGAUGACAUCCUAGGCUCUAUGGACGAAGAUGACGAUUUUAUUGAGGACGACGAUGGAGCUGGAUAUGCAGAAACCAAUCAAUUCGGUAAGCGUUCUCGUGGUGCUCGCGAUGAUUUGGACGGGCAUGAUCAUAAACGACGGAUGGGCAUGUUCUUCGAGCCAAAGCGACAUGCUUCAUUUCAACCUGGUAGUACCCCUUGGAGAGGUGACAGAAGAUAUCUUUUUGGAUUUGUCUGGGCUGUUAACCAAGAGACACACCACACCGUCACUGUUGAGUUUUACGAUCGGGAGCGGUUUAGAGACUUUCAUUUUACAGAUCCCUUUUUAUAUGAUAAAGCCUGUCUGAAUGAGAAGGGAGCGUUGUUUUCUUGCCAACCGUCGGGUGACAAUCCAGCUACAAUAUUUUAUCGCCCUCAUGAGACCUGGACCGUACGAGCUGAUUGGCGGACUCAACUUCCUGAAGGCGAAAGCAUCACUGCCAUUGCGCUGAGCAAUUCUUAUAUUGUUGUCACUACAUCGGCCGAUUAUGUCCGGAUAUAUACACUUUUUGGUACUCCGUUCCGAAUAUAUAGGCAGAAGAGCCAGAGCGUUACUUGUGCAGCUUGGAGAGACUAUGUUCUAACUGUAGGAAACGGUCCCGUGGGCAGUGAUGGAAUGGCCACGUUGACCUACUCUAUCGAAAAUGUCAAGCGGGAUGAAAUUUGCCAGAACGAAGAUCACGUAGCUCUACCCGAUUCCACCGAGCUUCGGAGUGUUUUCUUUUCAGAUAGUGGAGACCCCUAUAUAUACGAUUCUUCAGGCGUGCUGUUGGUAUUGGAACACUGGCGAGAUCGUGGACAAGCACGCUGGGUACCACUUCUUGACACCAAGCUCAUGGACCGUCUUAGUGGUGGACGAAAGGAGGAGACGUACUGGCCGGUUGCAGUGGCGCAAGAUGCGUUCCACUGUAUAAUCCUCAAAGGUGGGGAUCGAUACCCUUACUUUCCCCGCCCAUUACUUAGUGAAUUCGAAUUCAAAAUUCCAAUAUCCGCGAAGCCGUCGAAGCCAGUUGACGGGGAUGGCGAAGAUGAGGACAUGGACGAUUCUGCAGGCCGUGACUCUGUUAAUAAGCUUGAAGAAGCGUUUAUACGUUCCAGCCUCCUAUUCAGUCUACUGGAUGACCGUGUCACCGCCUCCGAAGCUACGAGCGGUAGCGGAGAAGUGGAGUUGCGGAGGAAGGAGAUCGAUAUCGACAAGAUCGUGUUACAGUUGCUGGCGAUUGAAUGCCGGGAAGGUGAAGAAAGGGGCAUGAAGGCGCUUGAGCUCGUUUCCAUGAUGCGGGAUCGUAGCGGCAAGAUGCUGGAUGCCGCGAGCAAAGUUGCCUUGCGGUAUGGACGGACUGUUCUGGAUGAGAAGAUUAGGGAGUUGGCUGAACGGCGACUUAUGGGAACGGAUGGAGAGGAUGAUAAUGACGAGCUUGCUUCAUAA